AUGAAGUGGUUACUGGCGGCUACUGCUAACCUCAUCGUGCUCGCACAGCGUACCUGUGCUACGAACAGCCAACAGUCAAUCCACGAGUUUAGCGCAGAGACGUGGACGGUUACGAAUGAAUAUGGAAACAUCACUGUUCCAGGCAGCUACCCAUCCCAGGUCCAUCUUGACUUGAACCAUGCUGGGGUCAUAACGAGUCCGUAUUACGGCUUAAACGAGUUCAAUCUGCGAUGGAUUGCUGCCCAAAAUUGGACCUACACCAGCAAACCGAUUAAGAAUCUCCGUAAGGAUGGUACGACAUCGAGCCAUUUGGUCUUUGAUGGCCUCGAUACAUACACAACAAUUACCUUUUGCAACAAAAUUGUUGGCACCGCCGAUAACCAGUUUAGGCAGUGGUACUUUGAUGUUACAGACGUGCUAGAGCAGUGCCCCGACCAAGAACCGGUUCUAAGCCUCAACUUCGGUAGCGUCCCCAGGAUUAUUAAUGCACUCAAUGCUAGCAGCUCUGAAACAUGGCCAAGCAUAUCCGUAUACGCUUAUGAGUAUCCGAACAGACACUUUGUUCGCAAAGAGCAGAAUGACUUUGGAUGGGAUUGGAGCCCAGCGUUUGUCCCAACAGGCCCAUGGCGCGAUGGGCGCAUCGUGCAACUCCAAAAGCGUGUUCAAGCAUACCAGUUAAACACGGCAAUUGAUGUGUACCGCAAGGGUCAAGUGAACAACUUUGCACCAGACCAGUCACAGCCCUGGAUUGUCAAUGCCAGCGUCGAUUUCAUCGGCAUUCUGCCCAAAAACAGCCAGCUACGCGCCGUUAUUACUGAUGUCAGUGAUGAGUCGAAGGUCUUGUACUCUGGCGAAAUGGAAAAUGUGUCCAGCUCGAAUAUGACGAUUACAGGUUCCAUAUCCAUUGAUUGUGAUAAGCCAAAACUUUGGUGGCCAAGAGACAUGGGGUCCCAGAACCUCUACAAGAUCAAAGUCUUUGUCCCCUCUACAUGCGGUACAACACCGAUAUUGACGACUGAGAAACGCAUUGGAUUUAGAACCAUUCUGCUCGAUGUUGGAAAUGUCACGAAUGCACAAAUUUCGAGAGGCUACAAACCCGGUAAUAAUUGGCAUUUCGAGAUCAAUGGCCACGAAUUCUACUCCAAGGGCGCCAACAUGGUGCCCCCCGAUGCCUUCUGGCCAAGAGUUAGUAAAGGCAGUAUGAACAAUCUUUUCGAAUCUGUCGAAGCCCAAAACUUCAACAUGUUGCGCGUCUGGUCCUCUGGGGCUUACCUUCCUGACUUUAUCUACGACAUCGCAGACGAACGCGGUGUGCUACUCUGGAGCGAAUUCGAGUUUGGUGACAGCUUAUAUCCCGAUGACCCAGCUUUCUUGCAGAAUGUUGUUGGUGAAGUUACAUACAACGUUCGCCGCAUCAAUCACCACCCGUCACUUGCCUGCUGGGUGGGAGGAAAUGAGCUGGAGAACCUUAUGUUGCCACUUACAUAUCAAGCUGCUCCGGAUGGACUCAACUACUUUGUCGGUCAAUAUGAAGACCUCUUCAUCACGACAAUUUUCAAGACGCUGGUUGCCAACAGCCGAUCCAUCUCGUAUACCCCUUCCAGCGGCAAUAACGGCUUCACCAAUAUUGACUUUAGUUUGCCAGUGCCAAUGGUGCAACGCUACAACAAUAAGACAGCGGGCGAGAUGUACGGCGACACGGAAUUUUAUAACUACGACACGUCGAUAUCGUUUAAUAUUUCCAAAUAUCCCGUGGGGCGAUUCUCUACAGAAUUCGGAUUUCCGAGUAUGCCUAGCCUGGAGACUUGGAAGCAGGUAUUGGAUGAUCAAGACUUGCAUUUCAACUCGUCAACAAUCACGCUUCGCAAUCAUCACUACCCCCCCAACAGUCUCGCCACUGACAACUAUGCAAAUGGUACAAAAGGAUUAGCUGAGAUGACCCUGGGUGUUGAGCGAUACUAUCCGGCCCCCAACAAGAAAGACCCAAUUGGAAAUUUCAGCUCAUGGUGUCAUGCAACUCAGUUGUUCCAAGCCGACUUUUACAAAAACCAGAUUCAGUUUUAUCGCCAUGGAAGUGGAAUGCCAGAGAGACAACUGGGUUCUCUCCUCUGGCAGCUAAACGAUGUUUGGCAAGCGCCUAGCUGGGCUGCGAUUGAGUACGAUGGGCGCUGGAAGGUCCUUCCAUAUGUUGUUAGAAAUGCCUACAAACAUAUCACCGUAUCGCCACUGUGGGAUUACGAACAUGGCGAACUGGAGCUAUGGGUUACGUCUGAUUUAUGGGAGCGCGUGUCCGGGACUGUAUCACUUUCUUGGGUGGACUUGCGCGGUAAGCCUAUCACCGACAAUGCCGGCAUGCCUACUUCUUUGGAUUUCCAAGUUGAGGCGAUAAAUAGCACCCGCAUUGUCAGGACCAAUAUGAGGGAUGUUACACUCCCUGACAUGAAGGAUGCGCUUUUGUUGCUGAGUUUGAAGGCAUCUGGCCAUCUGCCUAAUGGUGAUGAAAUGAUUGAGUUUAGCCAUGAGAACCAUUUCAUACCCGUUUGGCCAAAGGAUCUCAAGCUGGUGGACCCUGGCCUGAAGAUAUCCUAUAACCAAGAGUCAGGCAAAUUUGACGUCGAGGCUACGAAGGCGGUAUCACUGUAUACAUGGUUGCACCACUCUGAGGACGUGAGCGGAUUCUUUGACGACAAUGCAUUUAUUCUACUCCCUGGUCAAAAGAAGGAAGUUGAUUUCAAGGUGCAGCAUGACACGGACAUUGCCUGGAUGAAGGAUAUUACGAUCCAGAGUUUGUGGGAUCUUACGACAGAGUAA